CUUGCAAUGAUCCUCCUGCCUCAGCCUCCCGAGUGCUGGGAUUACAGGCGUGUGCCACCACGCCCGGCUUAAAUAGAAAUCUAAAAAAUUAUGACACUUAAAUAGAAAUCUAAAGAACGCAGCAGGUUGGAUGGUUGAAGAAACGAUGAAGCUAUUUCUAGCGUAUCCACCCAGCUGCUGCCCCUCCUCCUAGUGUGGGUGGUGUUCCUAUGGCAACAAGAACGCGCUGCCCAGGGCUCAAUCUCCCAGCCGUUAUCGACCCUGGCCGGUUUGUCAGCGCUAACGGGAGAUUUGGCGAUUGGGCGGCGCGAUCUACCUGUACAGGCUUCUGCUCAUCAGCCCUGGGGCGAGGGCAAGGAAUCACCGGGCAGCAUGGCCAAAGCAGCUGAUUCCUCGCCGCUGGAGGAGCUGGACCUGAGCAGCGAGGAGGUCCGGCGGCUCACCUCUGCUUUCCAGGACCCAGAGUUUCGGCGCAUGUUCUCCGAGUACGCGCAGGAGAUCACGGACCCGGAGAACCGGAGGCGCUACGAGGCGGAGAUCACCGCGCUGGAGCGCGAGCGCGGGAUGGAAGUGCGGUUCGUGCACCCGGAGCCCGGCUACGUGCUGCGCACCAGCCUGGACGGUGCUGGGCGCUGCUACGUGAACGUGUGUAGCAAUGCGCUGCUGGGCGCGCCCACUAGCCGGCCCGGGCCGGCGCCGGGCAGCCACUGGUCCCUACCCUACAGCCUGGCGCCCGGCCGCCAGUACGCGGGACGCGGCGGCUCCCGCUACACCGUCUACGACGUGGUCUUCCACCCCGAUGCACUCGCGCUGGCCGGGCGCCGCGCACGCUUCCGUCAGAUGCUGGACGCCACGGCCCUGGAGGCGGUGGAGCAGCAGUUCCGCGUCCAGCUGGACCGCAGGAACGCCAAGACGCUGAAGAUCAAGUACAAGGGCACCCCGGAGGCCGCCGUGCUGCGCACUCCACUGCCGGGGGGCGGCGGGGGCCGGCCCGAGGGGGCUUCGGAGGGCCCGAUCCCCGACUUCCCCUACCCCUACCCGCACCCUGCGGCCGCAGAGAGCCCGGCGGGCCCGCGCCCCCCGGCGCCCUCCCCUCCCGAGGCGGCGCCGCAGCCCGCGCCCACCGAGCCUCGCUGCAGCGUGGUGCAGCGCCACCACGUGGACCUCCAGGAUUACCGCUGCUCCCGGGACUCGGCGCCCAGCCCCGUGCCGCGCGAGCUGGUGGUCACCAUCGAGCUGCCGCUGCUGCGCUCGGCGGGGCAGGCGGUACUGGAGGUGUCGGGGAAGCUGCUGUGCCUCGACUCGAGGAAACCCGACUACCGGCUGCGGCUCUCACUUCCGUACCCGGUGGACGACAGCCGUGGCAAGGCGCAGUUCAACAAAGCGCGGAGGCAGCUGGUGGUCACGCUACCGGUAGCACAAUCGGCCACUCGCCGGGAACCCCGCUUGGCGCCGGAAGAAGCCGCCUGGACGCCGGAAGAGGCCGCAGGAACGCCCGGAAGUGACGUAAGAAGCACGGCUAGUGGCGCCCCGGACGAGCUGGCCUGGGAGUCCGAGGAGCGGGCCGUGGGCGCGCCCGGAAGUGACGUAAGAAGCACGGCUAGUGGCGCCCUGGACGAGCUGGUCCCUGAGUCCGUGGAGCGGGUCGCGGGCGAGUCCAACCAAAAGGAGAAGCCGGCUCCUGGAGCUGGAAGCUCGCCUGGGGACGCAGGUGGAGGCUUCCCUUGUGCUUCGUCCCGGGGCGCCGGUGGGGCGUCUCCGGCAGGAAGCGGGGGCGCGUGCGGAGAGCCCCGCGGAGAACCGCAGGGCGCGGGCGGCGACCGCUCGGACCCAGCCAUGGGAGGCCCCGCGGCCGACGGCGGGGAACCUGUGUGUCCUCCUCUGCAGUGCAGGCAGGACGAAGACUCCCUGACCCUGCUAGUUCAAGUGCCCGGGGUUCAGCCGCAGAGCCUUCAAGGGGAUCUGAGCCCCUUCCGGUACAAGUUGAGCUUUUCCGCACAAGACUUAGCUUAUUCCUUGCUCUUGCAGUUUGCUGCAGAGAAUAAGUUGAGUACCAAAGAGCCCGAGAUUAGCAUUUCUGCGGACAACGCAGUGGUAGUGCUGGCCAAGUCUCCGGGGAGCCGCGGGCACUGGCGAGAGUGGUACUGUGGUUUAAACAGCGGUUCUUUGGAGGAAAGGUUAUUUGUCAGUGAGGACAAUGUUAAUGAGUUCCUUGAAGCAGUCCUGAGCCCUCCAUGCAAACAGACGGUGCCUCCCACCCCACCGUUAAUUGAAGUUCUUCAGGUUACUGAUGAGAGGAUUCAAAUUCAUGCAGAGUUACAAGAAUGUAGUAAUCCUGAUCAGCUUCGAGGAAAGGAAAAAAUAAUCAAUGAAGGAUGUCCUCUAUCUGAAAAUGAAAAUAUAGAACAUCUUACAACCGCUACAGUUGAUUCUGAUUCAUCUAUAGCAGUUAAAGCACCAGAAAUAGAUAUUUGUGGUUCAGCUGCAGGCUUUCAACAAGAGCCUCUUGAUGUUUCUGAAAUGAUACUAGGACAGUCUCAGCCACCUGAGGCAAAAAUGGAACCUGGAUUUGUAAAAGAAAAAAGUGCUGCCUAUUCAAAUGAGGAAGAUAGCUUAAAGGAAUCUGUCACAACUGCAGAAAAAAAAUUAGAUGGAGGUCACCAGUCAUCAUCACUGAAUAAAACUGCAAUUCACAACACAACAGAUUUUGACAGCAUAAAAGAAACCAAUAUGCGAGAUGGUAGUGUGCAGGUUAUUAAAGAUCAUGUGACUCAUUGUGCAUUCAGUUUUCAGAAUUCUUUGCUGUAUGAUUUGGAUUAAUUCAAUGCAACUUUGCAGUUUGAGUGUUUAAAAAAUUGGGGGACCUAAAAUAGUUUAAUUAUUAAAACUAAACGUAUUCUAAAAUAUAUAAAAUACAAAUUGAAAUGUAUAAUUUUAAUUCCAGCAGGGAAUCUGCAGAUGUUUUUCCUUUGGAGUUUAAACAAAGUUUCCUUAAUUAUAGAAAUACUAGUUUUGUGAUUACUCUGAUAGAGGUUUUUUCUAAUGGAGAGUAAAACAUUUAGUUUUAAUACAACCUGAAUUUGUUGACUUCUGAUGUUUUUGCUGCUUUUCUUUACCAUUAUUUUAAUAAAGUUUUAAAAUAUUCACUGAGUUGUUUGUCACACAAAGCAAUUCUCAAGGUUGGAAGUAAGCAGAAAUAUGUGUGCAAGAGUGGAACUGCAGAACUACUUGUUUCAAGUGUGAUGUGUUUAUGUUGAAGCCAGCUUCUUAGAAGCAAAAGACCUUUAAUCAGCAUUAAUGAUUAAACAAUUACAAAUACACCAAAUAAAAUUCAGUAUUUUUGCAUCAA